GUCUUCCAGUUUGUCAAGACUACGUCAGUACAAAUCGCCUUAGCGAACGUAACCUAAACGAUUCUCGCUUCCACGCGUUUCUCUCAGAGGAGGAGUCUCUAUCAACAAGAUCAAUGGGGAAGCAGGAAGUUGAUAACAAGUUCACUUGGGUGAUUAGGAACUUCUCCUCUCUUCAAUCCAGGAAAGUUUAUUCUGAUGAAUUCAUUGUCGGCGGCUGCAAAUGGCGUCUUCUUGCUUUUCCUAAAGGAAAUGGUGGUGUUAAGACUUUGUCUCUGUAUCUGGACGUUGCUGGUAGUGCAUCAUUGCCCUAUGGAUGGAGAAGACGAGCAGAACUGUGCUUAAGUGUAGUAAAUCAUGUUUCUGAAGAACUCACUGAAAUUAAAGCUACAGAGCACUGGUUUGAUGCGGAAUUCUGCGACUUUGGCUUUACAACAAUGCUUCCACUCGACAAAAUUCAUGAUAAAGAUGGUGGAUUCUUGGUAAACGGAGACCUCGAGAUUGUUGCUGAGGUAGAGGUUCUUGAAGUUAUUGGAAAACUAGAUGUAUCAGAGGAAACCAAAUUACUGAGCAAAGUAGAGGAAGACGAUGGUGCGGAGGCUAGAGAUUCUCUUGAGCUUUCAGUAAAUGGCUUUCAAGUUCUUCCUUCACAGGUGGAAUCCGUGAGGCGUAUAUUUGAAAGACACCCUGACAUUGCAUCAAAGUUUCGACCAAAGAAUCAGCAUCUAAGGACAGCUUACAUCAACAUUCUCCUCAGCCUGAUCAAUACUCUGUGCCAGCCGACUAAGGACCUCUCCAAGGAUGAUCUGAAUGACGCAUAUGAGAACUUCUGCUUCAAAUCCAUCAACUCUUCCUCUAUCUCUUUCAUCCUUUUCUCACCAGCUUCUUGCUUCUCCUUCUUUUCUUCCAAUUUCUCUUCUAACCAAUCUAAAUUCAAGCCUGCGUCUGUCAAGUACGCAAAGCUGAGCUGGAGAAGGAGAAAGCAGAUGUGUCUGUGGCCAAAGCUCCCCUAUCAUUCGAUGAUGUUGUUUGAUAGGUUUAAGUUUUUGUUUUUAGUCGCUUGGAUUUUACGUCUGUUUGGUGAUAAGUGACUAAACUUGGGUUGGAAGCAUCCGCAUUUUGUGGUUGAUGCCUCGUUAGGUUACUCUUGAUCAACAAGUAAAGUCAUUGGUGUCUGAGAAACAGAGUUUAAUGGUUUAUA